GGAGGGCGCUCUCAGCUCCACUCACAGCUUGUGUUUUGGGAGGUUGUGGUCAAGAGGACAGCUGCAGACCUUCCACGCACAGUCAUCCUUUCACGUUACCUCCACCACGCACUGUGAGCACUACACCAUAGUCAGACCCACGCAGCAACAUGGACUACACUAUCCGUGCAGCCAACGUGGAGGACUGCAAGGACAUCGCGCGGAUGAUCAUGGAGUUGGCUGAAUAUGAGAAAGUCUCAGAGCAUGUGAAAAUCACACAGAGAGACUUAGAGCAGGAUGGCUUCUCCAAGAACCCGUUCUUCCAUGGGAUCAUCGCUGAGGUGCCGGAUCAGCACAAAACCAAAGAUGGUCAUACGAAGAUCGGAUAUGCACUUUACUUCUAUGCCUACAGCUCAUGGACGGGCAGAGCUGUUUACAUGGAGGACUUGUAUGUGAUGCCUGACUUCAGAGGGAAGGGCAUUGGCAAAGCACUUAUGAGCAAGGUAGCUCAGCUGGGCAUGGCUGCCGGCUGCAACCAGAUCAACUUCACCGUCCUGGACUGGAACAAACCAUCUGUGGACUUUUACCUCAGCCAGGGCAGCUAUAACGUCACAACUACGCAGGGCUACCACCUUAUGCGCUGCGAAGGAGAGGCAUUGGAGCGCCUGGCCCAACCCUAACCAAACUCCGGGUUUAUAACGGCAUGACCUUUGAAACCAUUAGGUCACAGUGCAGGGAUAGAGCACCUCUCAGUGGCCCCGUUCCAAAACUUGAUGAUGACAAUCGUUGAGCCGAUCUCUGUCAAAGCAGAUGAUCAAAAUAAUUGACUGUUUGUUAAACCCAGCCCCCAAAGUUACUGUAACUACACCUGUCAAGUUUUCCAUGCUAGGACGGUACAUAUGCGGUUUACAAUCAUUCCAACACUGUCUCAUGUACUUCACAUACAGGUACACAAAAGCAGGUUUCUCAUUUAAAGCUGAUGUCUGUCAACAACUGGUAGAUUUUAUUAGCGGUACUUAGCUAACGUUAGCUAAUGAGCUGACACCAGCUCACUGAACUGGAUGAAAACUCCAUCUACAGUUGUAGUUAGCUAGCGUUAGCUAAUUAGCCAACUUUUUAAGCUUCAAGCUGAAACCAAGAACCCUUUAAAAAGUACACAUGAUGGCGACAUACGUGAUUUAUUGCUAAAAGACUGAGUGUUGCAGGCAAAAAGUCUACUAGAUCUGCUGGAGUGGAAACUUUCAGGACAGAACCGCUAACGUUAGCCUAAACUAACUAAGGCCCCGAUCAUACAGAAAGCGUUUUGCAAGCUAGCAACCACCCCAUCACCUCCUUACACUAAACUUCCUGUGUAUUGAAUCUACUGUUUUUUCCCCCCAGUAGUUAGUAACUAGUUCCUAAAAUGUUGAGGCAGAGGGUACUUGCUGUAGCUCUGGUUGAGGGUGAGAGGCUGUCAGUAAAUAGUUUGUUGGGCACAGAUAAAUGGAGAUCUGUGUGGGUACGUGAGACCCUAAAAAAGAGGUGGGUCAUGGGGAGUACCACCAGUUGGUCCAGGAGCUUCUCCUUGAUAAUGGCGGUUUCCAGGCAUAUUUUAGGAUGUCUCUGGGAAAGUUUAACAACUUGCUGUCUAUAGUCGGGCUGUAUUUUCCUGGGUAUCUGACAACCACUGCCACCAGUUUCUUCCAUUGUUUACCAACUGUAAACUUGUCGUCGUGACCACCACAGAAGGCCCGCCUCUCAAAUCAUCCGAUUGGACAAUGGGGAAAAGACGAUGAAAGAGAUGAUGAGCGUGCUUUUCCGCUCUGAGUUGAAGUUUCUUCAACUCAAGGAGUUUAGAACCCUCCGGCAAAAACGGCAGGCGCCAAGAGUGUCGAAAUGCAAGGUGCAUCGCAAUGCAAAAACAGCGAGCAAAACCCUUCAUUCACAUUAAAAACAAUUACAAAAAGGCGCAUCCAGGUGCUAAAAUGCUUUCUGUGUGAUUGGGGACGAAAGCAGCAUUUUGGCUCCCACACAGUGGAUGCUCCCGUCCAAUUUAACUUAACAAUAACUGCUGAUUUUAAGCUAGUUAGCCAGGCAUGCUUAGUUGGCAGCUUACGUUAGCGUUUUUGGUUUUGGUAUGGCUAAAAGCAAAAGACACAACCCCUCAAACUCUUUAGAUAGAGUGAGUUACCCUUAAGUAGGACACUGCCUCAGUGGGACACCAAAGCCCUAGUGGGUGUAGGUCUUCCUCAAACAAAUGUAAAUCAAUAAAACCAGGAGUUAACACAAGCUGUCUCACAGAUGUAUCAGUGUCCCACAUUUCCGACAUGACUGUCCCACAUUAGGAGAUGCAUAUUUGUCUGAGCUACCUUGGCACUGACGGCACUGAUGUGUCUACCAUUUAUUUUCAUAAGUAAGAUAGCUGCAUUUUGUUUUUUGGUUUUCUUUGGACACAUCUUGGAGAUGUCGGAAUUUUGCCACAAUUUAUUCCAGAAGUCUGAAAUGCUUUACCCACGAGGCAUCGCUCUUACUUCAGCAUCAUGCACUCUGCUUCAACAUGUACCUGCUGUGCCUUGUUGUGGUUUGAUGUGGGUUUAAACAAACAGUCAAUUGGCUUAUUAUUUAGUAAGGAUGCAGUUUUAAGUAUUGGAAUGGGGCCUACGCAAUAUAUUUAAAUAGUACGGAACCGAGGCACUGAAAUUUGUGUUUUGUGUUUUUCCCUUGUGAUAUGUUACGACCCAGAGCACCUUUGAUUUUGGUGUUAAGUGGAUCAGAUAACCUAACCUCUCUUCUUAAUGAAUAAAUGUAGAAUAUAUGGGCGAGACGAGAAAGGUCCGACGGGAGUGUGCAGGUGUGUGGUGGUGGGGUUUAUAGAGAAAGUCUUAGAACACAAUCAUCUUUAAAUGAUGUUUUUGUUUUUGCACAAAGAUCCAGAAAAACUUUACGCAUUGCAAAGCCAAGAUGUAUGUUUUAUUGUAUGACUGCUGGAAAAGGUUGAGUUUUUAGUAUCGUAUCCCUUUAAAUGUAUUAUAAACUAUGACAACAGCAACCAAAGAGUCAGUCACCUCUCCCCUCGUCUUCCAGAGGAGGAGCUGUAAAGCUGUUGUGAAGCACAA